AUGUCUCUGUCUCACAUAUUCCGACCAGCACUGCGCUCCCCGCGCAUCUACAACAGACGCACACCGUCCUACACAUUAUCACCAUCAUGCCCAUCACGCCGCACCUACGCCAGCCAAACGCCCGGCAACCCAGUCAUGGAAAUCUUCAAUCGAAAAACUAAGCAUCUGCAAAAGGACCGCGCAGCCCGCAAUGUCGAGGAGAGCCGCAAGACCGACUACAUCAAAGAUGAAGUAGCCAUGCGGCUAUGUGAACGGUUGCUGGACAUCAAACGCACCUUCCCCCAAGUCCUCGACCUCGGCGCCAACAGCUGCAACAUUGCCCGCGCUCUCACAAUGCCCGACCCAGACCCCGACGCUCCCAACGGCAGCUCCCCGCCUCUCAGCACACGCAUUGGGCAAUUAACCUGCGUCGACACCUCCGAGGCUCUUCUCUACCGCGACGCAGACGAGCCUUUCAACGACCAGAUCUCCCUGAAGCGACAAAUUGUCCCGGAUCUCGAAUCCCUUCCCUUUCCGGAGAAUUCCUUCGAUGCGGUGCUCUCGUCGCUCUCGAUCCACUGGAUCAAUGAUCUGCCCUCGCUGCUGGCGCAAGUCAACUCCAUUCUCAAGCCUGAUUGUCCGUUCAUUGCGGCUAUGUUCGGCGGGGAUACGUUGUUCGAGCUGCGGACGUCGUUGCAGUUGGCGGAUUUAGAGCGGCGCGGGGGUGUCAGUCCGCAUGUGUCGCCGUUGGCGGAUGUGAGGGAUGUUGGGGGACUGUUGAAUAAGGCCGGGUUUAAGAUGUUGACAGUGGAUGUGGAGGAUAUUGUGGUGGAAUAUCCGGAUACGUUUGCGUUGAUGGGCGAUUUGCAGGCGAUGGGGGAGAAUAAUGCCAUCUUGCAUCGGGAGUUGGGGCCCAUUUCGAGAGAUGUGUUGUUGGCGAAUGAGGCUAUUUAUCGUGAGUUGCAUAAGGAGGAGGGAGCUAGGGGAGUGCCGGCGACGUUCCGGUUGAUUUAUAUGAUUGGGUGGAAGGAGGGUGAGGGACAGGCGAAGCCGUUGGAGAGAGGAAGUGGACAGUUGAACUUGAAGGAUUUGUUGGGUGGUGGUUCCAUAGGUAAUUGA